UUUUCUUCAUCAAAACUCUCCAUACUUCUUUCUCCAUAUUCCUCCUCAUACCCAUUCCUCACUACACCUUCAACCCUCGCUGAAAUCCCUAUUCUACCCUCACCCUUCUCCCCAAUUUACCAACCGGCAGCCAUGUACAGCAACAUGCUCGUCAACUGCUCCAACUGCCGAACGCCGCUGCAACUGCCUCCCGGCGCCGGAUCCAUCCGCUGCGCCCUCUGCCAGGCUGUCACUCCCGUCCCCGACCCACGCGCUCUCCCUCCCCAGCCGUACGCGGUUCCAGGUCCCUCGCCGAGCUUCCACGCGCCGCCCGGUCCUCCGCCGAGCUUCCACGGCCGCAAGAAGGCCGUGAUCGUCGGCAUCUCGUACAGGUACUCGCGCCAUGAGCUCAAGGGAUGCAUCAACGACGCCAAGUGCAUGAAAUACCUUCUCAUCAACAAGUUCAAAUUUCCAGAACCUUCCAUCAUCAUGCUCACCGAAGAAGAAGAUCCCCGUGGCCCAAAAUUCCCAUCCAAGCACAACAUCCGGAUGGCAAUGUAUUGGCUUGCACAAGGAUGUCAACCUGGAGACUCCCUGGUUUUUCAUUAUUCUGGUCAUGGGUCACAGCAAAGGAACUAUAGUGGUGAUGAAGCUGAUGGAUAUGAUGAAACAAUUUGUCCUUUUGAUUUUGAAACACAGGGUAUGAUUGUAGAUGAUGAGAUCAAUGCAGCGCUUGUAAGACCUCUUACUCAUGGGGUUAGGCUGCAUGCGCUAAUUGAUGCCUGCCAUAGUGGCACUGUUCUAGAUUUGCCAUAUCUUUGCAGAAUGAACAGUUCUGGACAUUAUGCAUGGGAGGACCAUCGCCCUAGGUCAGGUGUAUGGAAGGGAUCAAGUGGUGGAGAAGUUAUCUGUUUUAGUGGAUGUGACGAUCAUCAAACCUCUGCAGAUACAUCUGCACUGUCGAAGAUUACAUCGACUGGGGCCAUGACGUUUUGCUUCAUACAAGCCAUAGAGCGCGGUCAUGGAGCCACCUAUGGUAGCAUUCUUAAUGCAAUGCGCACUGCCAUAAAAAAUGUUGGCGGCAGUGGGGGUGGGGGUGGUGAUGUGGUGACAUCUCUUCUCUCCAUGCUUUUGACCGGCGGUAGUGGUCUUUCUGUUGGUGGACUGAGACAGGAACCGCAGCUAACAGCUUGUGAAAUGUUCGAUGUCUAUAGCAAACCUUUCUCAUUGUGAUACUCUAACAAGUAUACUGCAAUUUCUUUUCCUUUUCAAUUCCCCUGUAUAUUAUUAUAGUCAUUCCGAUGACAAAUUAAUGUACAAUGAUAUAGAAUUAGAUGGUUUUAUUAUUAUUCUUAUUAUUAUUAUUAUUUUGGAAACCAA